ACUCCGCCCCUUUGACAGGCAGGCUUGAUAAAGACGUGUUGAACCCUCGACGCACAUGGGUCAUACAGGAGCGAAAGGUGGGGGAUAAACAGACAAAAUAAGCAGACAAAAUGUCCCACAAAAAGUCCUCACUGAUGCCAGGAGAUGUGGAGAACCUGCGGAGAAGAUCCACGCCUGAUUCAGCAGAGAUCUCUGCAGAUCCUGAACAGCAUCCCCGGUUUCCACGGCGACAGUCUCAAAAUGAUUGGCUCUGCGUUGGCCCCCAGCAUCCAGAGCUAGGCGCAGCGGAGACGCCCUCCCCAGAUGCUUCUGCCCGCCACUUCUGCCACUACACACCGAAAUGUUUCCUCACCGUCCACAGAGGAGGACAAGGAACCACCCGAUCUACUCCGUCCCGCUGCGGAGACGAGGGUUGGCAUGAAGGCACCACUAAGACCACAAUCAGAGCUGAGAAUGAGGUGGAGGCACACAGGGAGGCCAACAACUACAAGUUUGGCUUCAGGAAGUGGAAGGGCAAUGUUACAGAGAAGCCCAUUGAGGACAGAUCAGACAUCAUCAAAGAGCUACACUCUGAUCUUAGCAUUGUCAAGCCUCAAGAAGGCUCAGCACCCACCUUUGGGAACAUAGUUUAUGUGUUUUUAUUUGGAUGGUGGAUAUCUUUAAUGUAUUUCCUCAUUUGUCCUGUAAUGUUUCUAACAAUCGUCGGUGCCCCUUAUGGAAAACUUUGUUUAAAGAUGGGGUGGUACUUUAUUUGGCCAUUUGGGAAGUCGAUAGAAAAGGCUGGUGAUGUAGUUAAGAGAUCCAUUGCAAAGCCUCCAAAGUGCGAGGUCAUUCCUGAAGAGAGUGACACUGAAAACAGCAAGGACCAUGUCAGGGACAAGGACUCUGCGCCUCUUCUGAUGUCUUCCCCAAUUCCUGUUGAGAUACCUGUCCCAGAGCCACCAGCUAGAAAAACUUCAACUCACUGGUGUCGCAUCAGCACAUAUGUUUGGUUAGUGCUGGGUUACCCUGUCAUGGCUGUGGUCCACUCCCUGGCCUGUGUGCUGUCCUGGCUGCUGGUCUUCUCUAUACCUGUAGCCAAGAUGAACGCUCGCACGCUAACCAUUGUUCUUCUCAUGGCACCAGAAGACAUUCAUAUUCACCGACUGGAAAAGACAUCUGUGUGUGAGACCAGAGUCAUCUUAUGCUGUUAUCAAGCUUUCAAUGUGUAUUUCUACAAAUACACUGUCCAGGGAAUCAGCAUUUUCGCUCUCAACCUGCUUCCCCUGGUAUUAAUCGCUCUCAUUAUCGGCUAUACUGACCAGGAACACAGUUUCUGCAGCGCAGAGACCAAGUUUGCCACAGCCAUCGCUUCCAUUAUUCCUCUGUCCUACUACAUUGGCAUGGGUAUAGCCAGUCUUUCUGCACAGAGUAACUUUGCAGUGGGAGCUGUGGUAAACGCAACAUUUGGCUCCAUCACAGAGAUGACGUUCUACAUCACAGCCCUGCUGCGGGGACACAGUGCUGCCAGCAAAUGUUAUGAAGAGGUUGUCAAAGCAGCGCUCACUGGGACCUUGCUCGGAUGUAUCCUGUUCAUACCGGGUAUCUGUAUGAUCAUCGGGGGCAUUAGACACAGGGAGCAGAGAUUUAACAGCCGUUCAGCCGGAGUGAGCUCGGCUUUGCUCUUCAUAUCCGUAGGAGGUGUGUUCGCUCCGACCCUCUUCUCAAAGACCUUCGGUAAUCUGGUGUGUGAAAGCUGCACCAAUAUUCCAGGCAAUGGCAGCGUUCCCUUCAUCUGCAAGGACUGUCACUACGACACGAGUCAAGCUGACCCGCAGUUGAUCCUGUCCCAGAUUGAGCCCCUGGUGUACACAAUUUCUGUGCUGCUGCCUGCUGCGUACCUGAUCGGCCUCAUCUUCACACUGAAAACCCACUCCCACAUCUAUGACAUCCAUAUCAGUGAUGGUCAAGGGGGGCAUGCACACGGUCAUCAUGUAGUGCACUGGUCCAGGUGGAGGGCUCUUGCAGUGCUGAUUGUGGCCACAGUGUUGAUGGCCUGCUGCGCUGACCUCAGCACGGAGAACAUCGAGCCCAUGCUGACCCAUUCCUCCGUCUCCCAGUACUUCAUCGGUGUCACAGUGAUGGCCAUGGUGCCAGAGCUUCCUGAGAUUGUCAACGGGAUCCAGUUUGCAGUGCAGAACAACAUCAGCCUGAGCCUUGAAGUGGGCAGCUGCAUCGCAGUGCAGGUCUGCAUGAUUCAGAUUCCCCUGCUCAUACUCUUCAAUGCCUUCUAUGAUGUUGGAUUUGUGCUUGUGUUCAGUGAUAUUCAUCUCUGGGCCAGCAUCUUCAGUGUCAUUCUGGUCAACUACAUUUUCAUGGAUGGAAAAUGUGACUACUUUCAAGGCACUGCUCUAGUGGUGGUCUACCUCAUCCUUUUGGCCCUUUACUUCUUCGCUCCUUCUCCGCGCUCUUGUCGAUCACCUUCCUAAGAAAAAUCCAAAGGCCACUAUAAUAAAAAAACAAACAAACAAAAAAAACCCACUAAUACUUAGAGGUGAUGUGGGCUUAGUGGCACAAAAUAUGGAAAAAGAUUUUGAUUGAAAUUUUACAGAUCUAAGUGAAUAGCUGUCCGCUUUUUCUAAGUAUGUGAUACUGAAAUUGUGUUGUUUGUGUUGCAUUUAAAUGUAAAUUUGUGCUAUUCAUUUCUGGUUAUGAUAUAUCCCAAUAAAUGCAUAAACUUAUAAAACAUCUGUGAAA